AUGGCGCAGCAACUCAUCCGCGACCUUUUGAGGGGAGCGGAGGUCUUUGAAGCAGGAAAGGAUCUGGCGAAACAGUAUAGGAUGAUGGCUGUGGUUAUCCAUCCGGACAAGUGCCACUUGGAUGGUGCUUCAAGCGCCUUUCAGAUGCUCAAACAAGUGUUUGAUGAGAAGAACAAGAAAGGCAAAGUUUACCAGGAAGUUUCCGUGGAGGAACUCCUCGUACGUCAGGAGGAUGCCCGAGAGGUGUCCCAGGCCAUGAAGAAGCUGCGUCAAGCCCGGGCACAACUAGCUGCUGAAAGAGCCGCAGCACGGAAAAUUCUUUCGGAAGGGAUUGGGAACCGGGAGAAGAAUGAGAAGAGGGAGAAAAUCAAAGAGAAGCAGAGGAAGGCCUAG